AUGAAAGACGUCCUCGAAGCGAUGCAUCAGGCUUUCGUCAAGAUGACUUGUCUCGAAUGCUGCAUCAUUGAUGCCGGGAACAAACUUCAUCCCAAGUCGAUGGAACCUCCCGCCAUGUCGUUGUUGUUGACGAUAAGUUUGGUCGUCGAAAGAAAUCUCCGAUUCCUUGUUCUCCAAGGAACCGUACACCAUUUAUCAGCAUGGGUCACUUCGGCGCGGAUGGAGAGACUCGAAGAGCUCGUAGUGAUCGUGUUGGCCUUCCCCGCUCAUUUUGGCUCUGGUUCUGAGCAUAGUGAAGAUCAGAGAUUCAUUGCGUCUCGCCUCGCACCGUUCAUCAAUUCGGUGUCUCCCUCGCUCUUGAACCUUCAGCUUUCCUUUUCCUAUGAACUCGAUCUCUCGGACUUUUUGAGAGCGCUCAUCGACAUCCCACAUCUGUGCCACCUCCUUCUCCAAGCAUCCUUAUAUCCCACCUUCCAAUCCAACCCCAACGCUCUCUGCGAGUUCUUGGCCGAAAAGGUUCCUCCGCGCUGCCGGGUUCAUCUUGUUGGGAUCUUUCAGUCUGACCCAAUGGAUCAUCCACGGGGGUUCGAGGACACGGCGUCCUCCGCGCAUUCAAGACUGCCAGUGAAUACUUUGUACCGCAGCCAAGAAAUGGAUAUCGACAUCAUCGCGACGUUGACGAAACAUUUAGGGGACAGACUAGAGAGUAUCCAUCUUUACCAGUAUUCCUUGAGCAUUCCUCAAUUUGAGGCCUUGGCCACGAUGAAGACCAAUAUCUAUGAAGAGAUUUAUAGCAAUGGAGACGGUCUUUAUGACGAUUAUGGUCGGUCUACAUUCCUAGUACGGGCGAUCGCCCCAAGGCACUCGGGCGGUGGCUGGCCACUUCGGAACAUCAGAUUCUGUGAGCUUCAGCCCCAGGCAGAGUUCAUCAUCCAUGCAAAAGAUAUAUCCGUCGUGCCGAUGACGCGUGAAGCUGCGCCGUACUCUACAAUCAUCCUUCCGGGGUGCAACUUAUCUACUCUGUUGACCAAGGUCAAACUCGGAAUUGAAUAG